GCCCGGAAGUGAUCGUCAGCUGUUUCUUAGUCGUCUGUAUCAAAGUCGGACCAUGCCGGUUGUCGCACUGCGGUGUCGUCGACUAUGUUAAACUAGAAUUAUGAGUAUUUCUGCAUUUGGCAGAGCCAUCUCUGUCAGAAAAUUCUCCGGAUCAUGCUUAUCCAAAUAUUAUAAUGUACAGACUGAGAAUUUUCAGCUGCGCCGACGUGGACAGUCGUUCAUAAGCAAUACUUCUAGGAAAAUCAGUUCAAACCAGCUGCAUCCUGAAAGACUUAGAGACAUUUUAGCUCCGAAGAUAAAACAAUAUCUUUUAUCAAAUAGUAAGAACUCACCAUGGGGAUUGAAAUUGACAUUUGGCUUGUCUUCCCUUGGUGCUGUUUGCAUAUGUAAACAAAAGACUGCACAAUGUAAGAUUAGAACUACGGGUAGAGUUAUCCAGAAAAGCAAUGGAGUAGAAAAACAACCAACGUUCAGGUGGAAGGACUUCUGGGAGUAUCUAUCGCCUGAAAUGCUUCAUUUGCUUGCAGCAAUAUUGAGUGCCUUCGCUGUUGCCAUAGUGAACAUUAAAAUGCCGUUGCUGAUUGGCGACCUUGUUGAGGUGGUGUCUAAAUUUACAUCUGAGAAUGCAGGAAACUACUUACAAGAGAUGAAGAAGCCAGCAUUGAGACUAAUUGCUUUGUACGGCAUUCAGGGAAUACUGACAUUUGGUUACAUUAGUUUAUUGUCCUCCAUUGGUGAGAGGAUCGCAAACCGAAUGAGGAAAGCUCUUUUUCAAUCACUAAUACAACAGGAUAUUGCAUUUUUUGAUGCUAAUAAAACAGGUGAACUUGUUAGCAGACUAACAGCUGACGUACAAGAUUUCAAGAGUUCUUUUAAACUUUGCAUAUCUCAGGGACUAAGAAGCACCACUCAGGUAUUAGGAUGUAUGUUAUCCAUCUAUGUGCUGUCUCCUAAACUAACUGCUUUAAUGAUUGUUGUGAUUCCCAGUAUGGUGUUAGGGGGUACUGCUAUAGGUCAUGUGUUACAUCGCCCAGCAAAAGAAGCCACUAAAAUGGCAUUAGUUGCAUUGUUGAUACCGAUAGUGUUGGAAACAAACAAACAAACAACCUAUGACCCUAGCAAUACCUGUGUUGUCCUGCAAAAUUUUAACUUGGAAUUGAAAAAUGGCCAAAUGGUUGCAUUGUGUGGACUUUCUGGUGGUGGGAAAUCUACAAUUGCAUCUCUUCUUGAAAGAUUUUAUGAAGUGGAAGGUGGCUGUGUUAUGAUAGAUGGCCAUGACAUACGAUCAUUAGAUCCCAGUUGGUUACGAGGCAGAGUCAUUGGAUUUAUUAAUCAGGAACCUGUCUUGUUUGCCACCACUGUGAAAGAAAACAUCAGAUAUGGCAGACCUGAGGCAACAGAUAAAGAGGUGUACGAAGCAGCAACACAGGCUAAUGCUGAUAGUUUCAUCAAAGAGUUCCCUGAUGGAUAUGAUACUGUACUUGGUGAAAGAGGAGUUACUGUGUCUGGAGGCCAGAAACAAAGGAUUGCCAUAGCCAGAGCAUUGAUAAAGAACCCGUCUAUUCUGAUACUAGAUGAAGCAACUAGUGCAUUAGACGCUGAAUCUGAAAGAGUUGUACAGGAGGCUUUGGAAAGAGUCAUAAAAGGCCGUACAGUUUUGGUAAUUGCACAUAGACUCAGUACUGUACAGAAUGCUGAUGUUAUUGCAGUCAUCGCUAAUGGGAAAAUUGUUGAGAUUGGAACUCAUACAGAAUUAAAAGCAAAAAAGAAAGGCGUAUAUAGAGAUCUUAUACAGCGACAAUCCACAAUAGACACAGGAACAUUUUAACUUGUACUAGCUAGCCUCUGUGCUUUAUUAACUAGAGUCAUGGUCAUUCAUUAUUGAGAUACAUGGUAUCUGUAAAUUUCACUUCAGAAAUAUACCUCUAUUUCUACUUCGGUUGUCUGGAAUUGUACUACAAGUAUUUAAGAAUUGCUAUGGUAAUGUACCAUAACCUGCUUAUGGCAUUGGAUAUGAAGUACCGACAACCCAAAAUAUUCUGAAAUUGAAAUUGAAAUCCAAGCAUCAACAGCAUACAUGUGAGUGGUCCCAAACUUUCUAGUUUGAUCGCAACAAAUCUGUGGUACAUUUAGGUAUUUCAUGUUCAUUUAAUGUUUACAUGGAACAGUCGAAUGAUGAUUAUCGGCGUCUCACGUUGUUCUACCACAUGCAUCGAAUGCCAUGUGACAAUUGGCAACUGUUUAGAUCAUAGUUCUAUGAAUCCUUUCAGUAUUGGUCCUGAUCAGCUCUUCAUCUAUUCUAAUCAGGUCAUGCUUAAUUCAGAAUAAUAAUUCUAGCUGACUCAAUGUGGAAGUAAAACAGUAUCAUUAUCAAAACUGCA